UUACCCGUGCAUCAGAUGGAUUUUAAUAUCUAGUAAUUUUAAAUCAAGACCUAACCUUCAACUAAUCAACCAAUCUCCAGUUAAAUUAAUAGAAAGUAUUUUAGGCUCACUGGGUCCACUACCUCACGUCAAGUCAUGCACAACCUAAUUUAGCCCAAUGCAGUGGUAGGCCUAGUUGAACAUAGGUUCAUGUCCCAUACAAGAUAAAAUGAAGUAUCCCAGUAAUAACAUAUUUAAAAGAAAGACUAAAAAGCGACAAUAACGAUAUACGUAACAGAUGGAAAAUAAUUAAAACAAGCAAAUAAUCCAUGCACAAAAAAUUAAAAGAUUAAAAAAUAAAAUUUGCUUUAACUUAUUUUUUUCCCCACGUACCUUCGGAGUGCUUCAAUAGCCAGGCCCUUAAAUUCUCAGGGCUAUUUACGUCAUUUCGUUCUUAUUUCCCGCCGUCUGCCAACGGGGGGUCGCAACGGCAACGGAUGCCCAACCGCGUUGCCGGAAAUCCUAGUUCAAGGCAGCAAUCCCCUUGUCUCUCUCUCCACCCCCAACUCCCCAACCGAAACCCUGACUCUAAUUUUUCCCUUCUUCCUCCCCCAACCGAACUAUAGAGUAAGAUCAAUGGGGAGCACGAUUCACCCCCUGGCUCACUGCUAGAAUUCGAGAAGAAUCUAGCUUCUAGAGGCUCUAGAUUUAGGUUUGGGAGAGAGGGGGAGAAAAAAGGCGGGGGGGGGAGGGAUUGGCGAUGCGGGAAGCACCAGGGCACCACCGAGCAGCCAGCAUGAAAGACGCUGACCGGGCGCCGCUGGUGGCGGUGGCGAUUGACGACGAUAGGAAUAGUCAGCACGCGCUAAAAUGGGCGGCGGACCAUGUCUUGACGCGGGGGCAGAUCUUCUAUCUCCUCCAUGUCCGCCGGAAGAUCCGUGACAUCCAAUCUCCAAUUGGACAGCAGCCUUCAAUAUCAGAAGUGAAUGAUGGUGUUGCUCUUGGCUUUCUUGAACAAAUGGACUUUCAAACUAAAGAACUACUUCUUCCUUUUCAAUGUUUCUGCAACAGAAGAGGGUUGCAGUUCAAGGAAGUUAUUUUGGAUGACACUGAUGUGCCAAAGGCAAUUGUUGAUUUUAUUGAAAACCAGAUCAUUGACAAACUAUUCCUGGGGGCAUCAUCUAGGAAUGUUUUGAUUAGAUCUUUUAAGGCACCUGAUGUGCCUACCACUGUUUCCAAGACUGCACCAGAGUUUUGCUGUAUAUAUGUUAUAUCAAAGGGGAAGUUAUCUUCAACUAGGCCUGCUACUUUUUCAAUGGUACGACGACCAGCUCCCAAGUUCGAAACUGACAGUGCCAUAAAUCAAUUCCAGUCUAUCAAAAGUGAACCAGAUGCCAGGCACCAUACCAGAGUACCUGCAAGGUUUCAUCCAGCUGCAAUUGGUUAUGGUGGUGAAAAUGGGUCAUUUGAAAGGAGUUAUGAAGCCAGAAUUAGCGAGAAGAUCAGAAAGGACAACCAUGCAGGGGGUUGUCUUGACUUUUCAUAUCAGAGUGUAGCUUCAUGUCCCAGCCCGAGUAGGACAAGUAUCGACCAAUCAAAUAAUUAUGUUCCUCAACAAUUUUGUCCUACUGGGGAACCUCAAUCUUUUAUGUCUAAUGCAAUCAGUGAAUACAGUUUUCAUAGCCACCAUGAUAAGCAACAGAAUACUAGUGCCUAAUCUUCAAACAAGAAUACUAGUGCCUAUUGUUCAAGUGGUUCAGGACCCAGUAGCUAUGAGCGUUCAUUUCAGAUCUUGAAGGAGGAAUCUUCUUUGUCCAGCCACUCAGUGGAAGACAUCAAAGUUAAGAUAAGACAGCUAAAGUUUGAGCCAAGGCGGAUGAUGGAUAUGUCAGAAGUCACUGAUAAAGAGGCAAAUUAUGGCAAGGCUGAUGGAGGGCUGAGAAUGGAAGAGACAAGGUCGGCUGGGGAAAUGACGUCACAUGUGGCAGAAAAGGAGCAGAAAUCUAAGGCAUUGCUUCAAAGGAAUUUUUCAGAUUGUUUUCAUUCAAACAUUCGUUAUAGGAGAUAUACUGUUGAAGAGAUUCAGAAGGCGACACACAACUUUUCAGAUGCGUUAAAGAUUGGGGAGGGAGGAUAUGGACCUGUUUACAAAUGUAACCUUGAUCAUACUGUUGUCGCAAUUAAGAUUCUUCGAUCUGAUCCAACUCAAGGAAUGAAACAAUUUCAUCAAGAGAUCGAGGUUCUGAGCUGCAUACGCCAUCCAAAUAUGGUCCUCCUCAUGGGUGCAUGCCCAGAAUAUGGAUGCCUGGUGUAUGAGCAUAUGGCCAAUGGCAGCCUUGAGGACCGCCUUUUCUGCCAAAAUGGCACUCCACCACUCUCUUGGCGUCUGCGUUUCAAGAUUGCGGCAGAAACAGCUACCGGCCUGCUCUUCCUCCACCAGACUAAGCCCGAGCCGCUUGUCCAUGGUGAUCUCAAGCCUGGCAAUAUCCUCCUUGACCAGAACUUUGUUAGCAAGAUUGCAGAUGUUGGCCUUGCACGCCAUAUUCCUCCUGCUGCAGACUCAGCUGUUACUCAAUAUCGCAUGACUGCUGCAGCUGGAACUUUCUGUUACAUCGACCCUGAGUACCAGACAACUGGAUUGCUCGGCGUUAAAUCUGAUAUCUAUGCCUUUGGAAUCAUCCUCCUACGGUUGAUCACUGCACAGCCACCCAUGGGGCUUGCACAUAAUGUUGAACAUGCUUUGGAGAACGCAACUCUUGGUAAGCUAUUGGAUCCUAACGUGCCAGAUUGGCCAAUGGAGGAGACAGUGAAGUUUGCACAGUUAGCUCUGAAGUGUGCUGAGCUUCGACGCAAAGAUCGUCCAGAUUUAGCUCGCGUUAUAUCACCAGAACUGAAUCGAUUGCGGGAAGUGGCUGCAUCAGCAGAAGACUCCUUUUGGAAUCACCGUCAGCCACGUUAUGGAAGCUUCAGGUUACCAUGUUGAAAUUUUCCACUCCUCAGUACUCUUCAAGUAAUGUGAUACACUGAAAUAGUGUUCUCAUAUUCUUUAUGUAAUAAAAAAAUACUUUUUCGUUCUUUUUA